UAUGAUUAUGUGUAAAUAAUAUGUAUUCCUGGCUAAAUGGUUGUUUCCGCAUGAUUUAUGAAUUGUCAUAUGUAUCAUAACCUAACACCCAGAAUGUCCAUUCCCCACUGGGCGAACGGUACUGGAUUUAGGAUUGGCAUGAGAUCGUUUGCAGGACGAUUGAUGACUGCUGAAAAAACUUGACAUUUUUCACAUUUCUUGACGUAUUCUUGUGCGUCUGUUAACAUUGUCGGCCAGUAGUAUCCUUGCCUUUGGCAUUUUAGUGCAAGGGUUUUUCCUCCCUGAUGAUUUCCACACACUCCUUCAUGUAUUUCUUCUAUCAGUCGUGCCGAUUCGUAUGCUGAUAUGCAUCGUAAAAGAGGCAAGCUAAAACCCCGUUUGUAGAGUUGGCUUCUGAUGAUUACAAACCAGCAUGAGUUCCUAAUCAACCUUCUUGCUUCCGUUUUUUCUGUAGGCAGUGUUCCAUCUCUCUUGUAUGCCCACAUAGUGUCAUACCAUUUAGGUUGGCUCGUGAUUACCAUGACCUCUUUCCCCAAUACCUCAGUGCUCCUUCGAUGCAUGACUUCCAUCAUUACUGAUUUUAUCAGAGCACUUGAGCUGGCCAGUUUUGACAGGGAGUCUGCCAACAUGUUCUCUGAUCGGGGUACUAAUUUUAUUUCGAAGCUUUCCAACUGUGCCACUGAUUGUUUAAGCUUUUCGGCGUAUCGUUUCAUGGAUUCUUCCUUCGUUUCAUAUUCUCCUGAGAACUGGUUUGCUACCAGCUGUGAGUCGGUUGUGAGUAUGAGCCUACGAGCACCAGCUGCCGUGCAGAUCUGUAUGCCAGCGAUUGCGGCUUCGUAUUCUGCCUCGUUGUUUGAUGCCUGGAAAGAGAACUUAAUAGCAUACUCGAACUGGUCUCCUUCUGGUGAAGUAAUUAUUACCCCUGCUCCUGCCCCUGAUUUGGUGACAGAGCCGUCUACUGCUACUUCCCAUUUUCCUUCCUUUAUUUCCUCCUCCUGGUAUGAUGCUUCGACUAUGAAGUCAGACAAUGCUUGGGCUUUUAUAGCCAUUCUAGGCCGAUACUCCAUGUGAAACUCUGAUAGUUCAAUCGCCCAUUUUAGGAGUCUACCUGAUGUGUCCAUUUUUUGCAUUGCUUUUUCCAGUGCAUAGUUUGUGAGGACUUGGAUUCCGUGUGCAUCAAAGUAAGGUCUCAGCUUUCUGGCUGCAAUCAGUACUGCCAACCCCAACUUUUCUAUCAAGGAGUAUCUCGUUUCUGCUUCUUGCAGGAUGUGGCUGACAAAGUACACCGGUAUCUGUGUUUUAUCUUUCUCUAUGAUCAGUACUGCUGCUACUGUGUGCUGAGAAGCAGAUAUGUAUAGCUGCAGCGUGUCUCCUUCCUCUGGUCGAGCUAUUGUGGGUAAGGCUUGCAGGUGCCGUUUUACUGCCUCAAAAGCUGCUUUUUCUGUUUCUCCCCACUUGAAUUUCUUGUUUUGCUUUAACACGUUGAAAAAGGGCAACGACCUAUCUGCUGAUUUGCUAAUGAACCGGGUCAAUGCGGCCAUUCUUCCUGUUAACUUUUGCACGUCUUUUAUGCAACCGGGUUCUGGUAGAUUCAUAAUUUCUUCUACCUUAUCUGGAUUGGCAUCGAUUCCCCUUUCGCUUACUAGGAAACCCAAGAACUUUCCUGAUCGGACCCCGAAUACACAUUUCUUGGGGUUUAACUUCAUCCUGAACCUCCUCAGAGUUUCGAAAGUUUCUCUCAAGUCGUCGAUGUGGUCGCUGGCCAAUCGGCUUUUAACUAUUGAGUCAUCCACAUAUACCUCUAUGUUCCUCCCUUUCUGGGAAGCAAAUACCCUAUCCACCAACUUCUGGUAGGUUGCUCUUGCAUUCUUCAGCCCAAACGGCAUAGCCUUAUAGCUGUAUACCCCUGAAUCUGUGAUGAAGGCGGCCUUCUUUCUAUCGGCCUUACACAAACUGACUUGGUGGUACCCUGAAAAGGCAUCCAGGAAACUCAAAAGAGCAUGGCCACUUGUUGAAUCUACUAGUCUAUCGAUUCGUGGCAAUGGAUAGCAGUCCUUGGGGCAUGCCCCAUUCAGGUUGGUAAAAUCUACGCACAUUCGCCAACUGCCAUUUGACUUUUUUACCAUGACCACGUUGUCCAACCAUUCGGGGUAGUCACAAACUUCUAUGAACCCUGCUUCCAGCAAUUUUUCCACUUCUUCUUUUAUUGCAGCAUUUUUUUCAUUGGAGAAAUUUCUCUUCUUUUGCUUUACCGGCCUGACUGACUUGUCCACAUUCAGACGAUGCACUAUAAUGUCCAGGCUGAUACCGGGCAUUUCAUCUGCAGAGAAGGCAAAGACAUCUGCAUGUUCUCGUAACAGGCCGAUAAGAUUGACCUGCUGAUCUGCCUCCAUAUCGGCACCUAUUCGUACCGUUCUUUCUGGAACUCCUUCUACCAAUUCAAUUUCCCGAGUUUCUCCAUUUGCAGCCGGCCUUGGGAUGCAAGCAGGCCUUUCAUCAAAAUUUUCCAUGCUCAGAUCCCCUCUCUUUCUUUUGGUUGGCAUGUUUGCUUCUCGGGCAAGGUUGGUUUUCGGCACCAUCCUUCCUGGUGCCUUUAUCGCUGUCAGAUAACACGAUCUGGCAGUCUCCUGACUGCCAUGUACCCUUUCUGUUCUUUCCAGAUUUGAGAGAUAUAUCAUGGUCAAAUGAUACGUGGACACCACCGCCUGUGCGUCAUGAAUAAAUGGUCGACCAAUUAUCACGUUAUACGCUGCUGGUACUUUUAUCACCAAAAAAUCGACCAUUAAGUCCCUGGCUGAUACUCCUCUGCCCACUUGAACCGGUAAACGGAUACUGCCUUCUGGGUAGACGCUGGCCCCAGAGAAUCCGAUAACGGGAUAGCUCACCCUUGCUAACUCUCCGUGAUCUAUGUUCAGCUGGGUGAAAGCUUCCCAAAAUAUGAUGUUCGCAGAGCUGCCUCCAUCAAUCAGGCAUCUCUUGACGGGGAAGUUUGCUAUCUCGAGCUCCAGUACCAGCGGGUCAUCAUGGGGAUAUAUAAUGCCGCGGCAAUCGUCCGAAGUGAACGUGAUGACCGGUAGGGGGGUUGGUUCCGGCCAUUUCCUUGCGCUAUGGUAACUCACCAGGUGCCUGUGCUCCUCUAGAUUUUUUAUCGCCCCGCUAACUGUACCUCCAUGCACGGGCCCUCCUGAGAUCACCCAGACAGUGGGUCUUUUUCCCCUAUCGGCCCCAUCUUUACUUGUUUCCGGUAAUGACCGGAUUUCUUGUCGGGAUGAUGGUGCCUGUUCAAUCCUACCAGCGGGCUGUGAAUACCCCGGCUGAGUAGGUAUAUAUGGGGCAUGACUAUGCGAACUGCCCUGUCUAUUAUUUCCUCCCUGGCCUUCCUGUCGAAUCCUGUACUGGGACAGGUAUCCCCUUCUUACCAGCUCUUCGAUGUUAUCCUUGAGCUCUUUACAAUGCUCCGUGUAAUGACCAUGAUCAUUAUGAAAAGCACAAAAAUUCUUAUUGUUACCUGGAGCAUCCAUCGGUAACGGUUUUCUCCACGCUGCCGAUUUAUUUACUGCGUAGAUAGUAGCUCUGGCGGUGUUGAGGGGAGUGUACACCUGAUAAGCCCCUACCGGCUGUCUAUUCGGGUAUCCCCCUCUCUGCUGAUGGCCCUCCUUUCUACUGUUAUCUUUUCGGUAGUUGUGUUGCUGUAUGGGAACAUGAUCCUUCCUGUCCGAUUGUACUGCCUAAUUUCCCCCCAUGGGUGAUAUUAGCAUCAGUUCAUCACUUCUGAUAUACUCAUUUGCUUUUCUCAAGGCCUCCCCCAGCGAGGUAAAUGAUUUUCUUCCCAGGUACCUUUUGAACUCGCACUCUUGCAUCCCUCUCAACAGAGCCAAGACGGCUAUUUCUUGCUGUAAAUCUGGUAUGGUGAUGGAUUCGUUGUUAAACCGGGUAAGGUACUCUCUCAGCAGUUCUUUCGGCCUUUGUGAGAUUGACAUCAACUCUCCAGAUGUUUUCUUUCGUUCAACCUUGCUAAUGAAUCGCCUCACAAAGUCCUCUUGUACCUGCCGAAAACUGAAUAUCGAUCCAACCGGCAACUUCUUAUACCAAUCGGCUGCCACCCCUGAUAAUGUGGUUUGGAACACUUUGCACCACAUGGCAUCUGAGUCGGAAUACAGCAUCAUGUGUUGUUCGAAAGCGGUGGAAUGAUUUUCGGGGUCUGUGGUUCCGUUGUAUUUGCACGUCGGCAUUUUUACUUUCUCCAUAGGCUGUUCCAGUAUACCCCUUCAUAGUGGGGAGUCUUUGGGGUGUAUGGUUCGCCUCAUCGGCUCCUGGUGAGGUAUAUAUCCUUCAUAUCUAUUCCAACCCGGCUGUGGAGAUUGCACGAUGUACUCCUCGUGGUACGGUGUCGAUUCCCUACCAGCAGGAACCGACCCUUCUUGUUCUGAUACCGACUCUCGGUGUCUAAUGGACCUUUCUCUGCGCCGAGAGCUAUGCCUUUUUCUUCUACCCGGAUUUUCACUGCGUAUAAGUAUUGGUUCAGGUUGUGCUGGCAGUACCACUUCAUGCUCUAGGGUUUCGUAGAGAUUUCUAACCGGCAUCGCACCCGGGAGACUGCCGGUAACCACGAUCUGAUUUCCCUCUGUCCUCCCCGAGGACAGUUCAGCCAUUGCCUUCAUGACGGUCGAAGCCGUCAGCAGCUGUUGUGGUGUGAACCUUUGGGACAACGCCGAGAGGUUGCUCUGAAUCUGUGGGGGGGAUAGGGAAUCCUGUGCCCUUUCCUCCAUGGACGUUUCAUCCUCUAUGUUCACGUCGUUCGGGUCUUCAAAACCUGGGGGGGCAAUGCUUAUCUGUGACUUGAGUGCUUUUGGGGGAGGAUUGGUAAGUGGUGUGACUUGGCUGGUUGAGACAGGUAAGAGAGGAGGUUUGACUGUGGUGGGUUGUGCUACUGGUGUUGGUGUGAUCACUGCUGAUUGUGGGAGAUUGUUGUUUUUUCUAGGUUUUUUGUUGUUGGUAUCCAUGGUGGCUGAUUAGCUUGACAAGAUUGGGAAAGCCCCUCCUUCUAGCGCCAAUUGUUCCGGUAAGAUUUGGGAACGGUUGGAGAGGUCUUGCUGGUCGGGUGUUGCUGUUAUCCUGAUGAUAUCCUGCGCAGAUAACAAAGAUGAACUAGCCUCGAGGGUGAUUCGAGGAUCCCCCCUCCGAUGCUAAAGUCAGCUGAUCAAAAGCAUGCAACUCCGUUACUAGAAGAUGCUUUAUGGCGGUUGAAAAACAUAAGCAAAACUGGGAUACUUUGUCGUAAGGCAUAGGAGAAACAUGUUUAUACAGUGAAGGAUUUCCUACGACUUCUUCACACUGAUGAAAAGAAAAUGCAAGAUAUUCUUGGUGUUGGUAAAACAAAGUGGGGUGAAAUAGUAAAAAAUGCUGAAGCGUGCAAGUUAACCGACCAGCUUUAUUGGUACAAUGAUUAUGCAUCAGGGGAUAAUCUUGUGUUAGAUUGUGCCUUCAACAUUAAAAGCGUUACAUUCUGCGGUCAAACAAGCCAGCUCUAUGAAUCCCUUGACUUUACUCAGAAGGAAAAGGCUGGUAAACUGAGGAUAGCUGCAUAUGAUAAACGAAAUGAGCUUCCAAUUUUGGAAGACUCUACCAAUCUAGUUCAAGCAGGACCCGCAUACCUAUCUAAUGUUCAACAACAGGUACAAGAAGAGCAACAGCAAAUCGUAACCUCUACAACAGCAUCAGUACAAAAUUCUGGUUUUUCUGAUGGAAAUUAUACAAGUUUUGCAAAUGAAAACUUGCCUCUUCAGGUUACAGAUUAUGAGCAAGAGUUUUCGAUAUCAAUGACAGCUGAAUCUGGUGGUUUAUCUUCCUAUCCCUCCUACAUUGGUAUGCAGUUUAUACAUGAAAAUCAAGAGCAAAGGUUUUCCAUUCCAUCACUAGACAGUAGACAGGGGUUUCCAUUCCUUAUCUCCUUCCUUCGGCUUUCUUCUUGAUGAGGAGUGCCCCUGUUCCGGGGACACACAGGCUGUUGCUGAGAAGGGAGCUUGUCUUGGGGACCCGCAGGCUGUACGUGGGUUGGACGAGUAUAGGACCAAGAAUUCAAGCAAGUGGCGUUUGAACGGAGUGGUAAUUCUGGUAAAAUGGGGCUUUUAUUCAAAAAGGAACAAAGGAAAAGAUUGCAGACCCUUUAAGAAGCAAAAGACUUACUGACAAAGCGCGCAAGAUCAGAUGGUUUAUACGGUUAGCAACUGACAAGUUAAAGAUGCUACUUUUAUUUUUACAUAAGCAAGCAACUUUCAGUCUGGUUCAUUUAGAAUUUUGCAUCUCUAAUUCUCUACUUUCGAGUUUCGAGUCAUCUGGAGUCUAGAGAUGGUGUAACUGUAGUUACCUGGUAUCUUCUUUUACCAGUUUUAGUGGUAAUUCCAUUGAAGAAAAGGAUCUUUCUUUACAAACUCAUAAAAGACCAGGUGAUAGCAAUGUGCACUUCAUUAUAGUUAGUAGCUUGUUUUAUAUAGGCUCGUAAACUCUAUUGCAAAUUUUGCAACAUACUCCCUCCGUCCCUAAAAGAUUGCCCGUGGAGCAAUUUUUUUUACUUUUUCCCCCCUGAAAUUACAGUCAGGGAGAUUUAUGCUCCAAUAUUACAGUCAUAACAUAGUCAUAACAUAGUCAGGGAGGUUUAUGCUCCAAUGUUACAGCCAUAGCAAAGUUUGGGAGGUUUAUGAUAGAAUACAUAUAUUGUAAUUAAUGUAAAUUAAUUAUAUUUGUAAUUUUGUAAUUACUAGACUAGCCUUAGCCAAAACCCUAAUCCAGUGAUGUAUACAUUCUGAUAAAAUU